UUGCCAUGUCAUCCGCCUACCAUCCGCAGACAGAUGGACAGAUCGAGCGCCUCAACCAAAUUGUGGAGCAACUCCUCCGCGCAGCCUGCACGGACGACAUCUCCAAAUGGGACUUGCAUCUGCCCGUCUUGGAGUUUGCCUACAACAAUGCUACUCACGCCGCUACUGGACAGACGCUGUUCUUCCUCUGCUACGGACGCCACCCACUCACACCUCAACAGCCAAACAUACCAACCACAAUUCACAACGCCUUCCAUGUCCAACUCUUGAAGCCCUACCGAGAUCCCAACACGAUCUUCUCUGGACGCCGACCGCCGCCGCCGCCGCCCGUCCUCGUCCAUGAUGAACCCGAGUACGAGGUCGAUUCCGUGCUUGCUCACCGCUGUCGACGGAAUGGCACAGUGGAGCUUCUCAUCCGUUGGAAGGGUUAUGAUCCUUCAGAGGAUAGUUGGGUCUCUGAAUCCGAGAUGGACCACGCUCGUCGUCCUCUUCACGACUACCUUGUCAAGCAGGGUGUUACGUCUACCACCAAGCUUUGAGGGGGGGAAGUGUGAGAGUACGAC